CUAGUUCCUUUUGCUUUCUUCUCUAAUUACCUUUGCUUUUCUUUGUUACUUCAAUUCUGAGUUAAUCAGUUUCAUUAAUCUCCUUGCAUUGCUGAGAAGUUUAAUUAGUUGUGGUUAAGGAAGGUAAUUAAAAAUGCCAGCCAUAGUAAUUGCCAGCAAUGGCGAUAUGCCAACUUUCGAAGGAAGGAUGACUUUUACAGUCGUCUUAUGUGUUAUUAUUGCAGCUUGUGGAGGCCUAAUGUUUGGCUAUGACAUUGGUGUUUCAGGUGGUGUUUCAGCCAUGGAUGACUUCUUGGUAAAAUUCUUUCCUUCAGUUUAUGAAAGAAAGAAACAUGCACAUGAAAACAAUUACUGCAAAUAUGACGAUCAAUAUCUCCAACUGUUCACUUCUUCCUUAUACAUUGCCGCUCUUGUAGCCAGCUUUGUGGCUUCAAAAACCUGCACUAAGUUUGGCAGGAAACCCACUAUGCAAUUUGCUUCCUUUUUCUUCAUAGCAGGUGUCGCUUUAAGUGCCUUUGGAGUAAAUAUAGAAAUGGUGAUUGUUGGCAGGGUUUUCCUUGGCUUCGGUGUUGGAUUUGCCAAUCAAGCAGUGCCACUAUUUCUUUCAGAGUUAGCUCCAGCGAAAGUCCGAGGAGCGCUAAAUAUUUGUUUCCAACUCUUCAUAACAAUUGGAAUAUUGCUUGCAAAUAUUGUGAACUACUUCGUGGGUGAGAUUCACCCAUACGGAUUUAGAAUUUCACUUGGACUUGCAGGCGUACCAGCUUUGAUGCUUGGUUUAGGUUCAUUAAUCAUAGUUGAAACACCAACAAGCUUGAUAGAGCGUGAUAGAGUAGAAGAAGGAAGAGCAGUACUCAAGAAAAUCAGAGGAAUUGACAAUGUCGAUCCUGAAUUUGAUUCUAUAGUACACGCUUGUGAGAUUGCUAGGCGAGUGACAGACCCUUAUGCCAAACUCAUGACAAGACCAAGCAGACCACCACUAAUCAUAGCGAUUAUGUUGCAAAUUUUCCAACAAUUCACUGGAAUUAAUGCGAUUAUGUUCUACGCACCUGUUUUGUUUCAGACAGUUGGUUUUGGAAAUGAUGCAGCUCUUCUAUCGUCCGUUGUAACAGGAACUGUUAAUGUUCUGUGCACUAUUGUUUCUGUUGUGGUUGUAGAUAGAGCAGGAAGGAGGAUUCUUCUUAUUGAAGCUUGUUUACAAAUGCUUAUUACACAGACAGUUAUUGGAGUUAUAUUAAUGAAGGAUUUGAAACCCACUGGUGAUUUACCAAGUUCGGAGGCAUUAAUUGUGGUGGUUAUGGUAUGUGUAUUUGUUGCUGGUUUUGCUUGGUCAUGGGGUCCCUUGGGUUGGUUAAUCCCAAGCGAAACGUUUCCUCUUGAAACAAGAACAGCUGGGUAUUCAUUUGCAGUUAGCUCUAAUAUGCUCUGCACAUUUAUAAUCGCACAAGCAUUUUUGUCCAUGCUCUGCAAAAUGCAAGCUGGGAUUUUCUUCUUCUUCGCAGCUUGGAUUGUGGCUAUGAUGGUAUUUGCUCUGUUUUUCAUUCCUGAGACUAAAGGUAUUCCCAUUGAUGAGAUGGUUGAUAGAGUUUGGAAGCAGCAUUGGUUCUGGUAUAGAUUCUUUGACGAUGAACAUGAUGGUCCUGUCAAGAAACCAGCUAAGAUGAUUCACACUCAUAUGCCUUGAGAUUUUCAGAGCAACCUGAGGAGUUCAAUAAGGGGAAGAAAGAAAAAACAGAAAAAAAGGAAAAAAAACAAUGAAUAAUGGAAUCUUUAAUCUUGUCUUUGUCAUUGUGAUUAGGCAAAGAAUUUGGUGAAUAAUGUAACCAAAUACACACUGCCAGUUUCAGCUAGAUGGAACGGAAAGGUUUUAUUGGAAAGGAAAGCUGUCCCAGUUGUGUAUUUCAUUUCAUGUUUGACGUUUCAAUGAUCUGAGAAAUAAAAAGACAAAAAAAAAAAAAAAAAAAAAAA